AGAACUUCCCCAAGUGGAGUGAAACUCAGGAGCUGAGAAACCGAGUCGCUGUGAAAAGAUGGGAAAUUAUCUCCUGCGAAAACUCAGUUGCCUGGGAGAGAAUCAAAAGAAGCCCAAGAAAGGAAACCCAGAUGAGGAAAGAAAACAGCAGGAAAUGACUAAAUUUGAAAGAAAACUUCAAGAUCAAGAUAAGAAAAGCCAAGAAGUUUCAUCCACUUCUAAUCAGGAAAAUGAGAAUGGCAGUGGUUCUGAAGAAGUGUGCUACACCGUCAUUAAUCACAUCCCCCAUUGGAGAUCCUCCCUGAGCUCCAAUGAUGAUGGCUAUGAGAACAUUGACUCCCUCACAAGGAAAGUGAGACAGUUUAGAGAAAGGUCAGAGACAGAAUAUGCCCUUCUUAGGACUUCUGUUAGUAGGCCUUUUUCCUACACCCAUGAGCAUGAUUAUGAAGUUGUGCUUCCACACUAAAACCCUCAAGCUGCUUUAUCACCUUCCAGCAAUGAAGACAAUGCAGAAUAGCAGACUCCGGAGAAGUUCUUCACCCUGAGCAGUGCAUGAAACAUUCCUUUCUGGCUAAAGUUUAGAAAUAUUAUCUUAUUAUAUAUCCUUAGGCAACUCUGAAAUGUGGCAUCUCUGUGGUUUAGGUGAAAUCAUAGAAAUUGACACAAUGACCUAAAAUAUUCUAUGUGUUUUUGCUUUUAAAGUUUGAGGACAUGGAGGUGAUAAAAAAACUUUCUUAGGAAGUAAUGUAAAAUGAAAAUAAAUUCCUAAUCCCCCUGACUAACUGAAUGGACCCCCUUCUGGGCCAAGGAGACCUCAGAUGAACCUGAAAGACUGAAUUCUGGCCAUGAUAGGAAGGAAGGUGAGACACACCUUGUUAUACCCCUUCCCUUUUGGAGUUUAGGCACAAGUGACCAGGAUGAGUCAUAAGACUGAUAAAAUAGACUGAUUGUGGCAGUAAGAGUCCCAAUUCCAACCUGAUUCUGGUGUAGAUCACACACUGUCUGAGGGAUUCCAUCUAUGAGACUUUGUCUACGUAAUAAAGACCUUGGUUUCCACAACUCCUUUAUUUUAGCUAAAGCAUUCUUUUCUACUGAUGACUUCUUAAGUCUUUAGACAAAGCUUAACUCUUUCAACCAAUUGCCAAUCAGAUAAUCUUUGAAUCUACCUAUGACCUGUAAGCUCUCUCCUGCUUCAAGAUCUUGCCUCUUUAAGCUGAACCAAUGUGCACUUUCCAUGUAUUGAUUUAUGUCUUUGCUUGUAAUUCCUGUCUCCCUAAAAUGUAUAAAACUAAACGGUGACCUGACCACCUCAGGCACACUUUCUCAGGACCUCCUGAGAGUGUACCCCAGGCCAUGGUAACUAAUAUUGGCUCAGAAUCAACCUCUUUAAAUAUUUUACAGAAUUUGGCUUUUGGUUACCAAUAAGUCCCCACAAAUAUAUGUCCAAGAAGCUUCAAUUCCAACCCUGCUCACCAAAUUUCAAAUGCCAAUAUCUCCCCAUCCAAUUACCUAUUUCAUCUUUGAGGUGUAAUCUACUCAAUAAACUGUAUAAGACCAGUGACCAGACCCUUUGCUAACCUGAUAUUUACUUCAAUUUUUCUUUUUCUAUGUACUGGAGAUUUUUGCUUAUAAACUUGCAGUAAUAGUUCAAAAAUUAAUAGUUUUUGACAUUGGCUUUUCUGAGAAGAGAAAUUGAAAGUGUCACAAAAUAAAAAAAAGAUUAAAUGAAUCAUAUAUAAUUGUCCAUUUUUUCAAUUUUCUAGCAAAUAGAGAAUCGAAGGAUUAUGUUCAAAGAUUAGUAAAAAUUGAAAAUAAACUUGUGCUUAUACUUUGUUUGCAACACACUAGUUAAUUUAACCUGUGACUAGUUAUCUCUACUGAAGGUGGAUGUAUAGUUUCUGGUUUUAAAGUUCAAGCAAACUGGAAAAUAAUCCAUCUAAUUAUACUUUCUUUCCCAAGAAAUUUUUAAAUGAUAUGCCAGCUUCCUAAUUUGGAGACAAAAGCCUUAACUGACAACGCAUUCAUUAUAUAUUUUUUUGUAUAGUUACAGUAUACAAGUUGAGUAUCCGUUAGAUGAGGUGCUUGAGACCAGAAGUGUUUUGGAUUUCAGAUUUAUUUUUGGAUUUUGGAAUAUUUCCAUACACAUAAUGAGAGAGUUGGAAAAUGGGAUUCAAGUCUAAUCAUAAAAUUCACUUAUGUUUGAUAUACACCUUAUCUGAAUAGCCUGAAGGUAAUUUUAUACAAUAUUUUAAAUAAUUUUAUGCCUGAAACAGAGUUUGUGUACACUGGACCAUCAGAAAGCAGAAGUGUCACUAUUUCAAGUCAGUGCUCAAAAAGUUUCAGAUGUUAAGCUGGUGAUGCAGUUCCUGCCGGUGAUCCGAGUACUUUGGGAAGCCGAGACAGGUGGAUCUCUUGAGCCCAGGAGUUUGAGGCCAGCCCGCACAACACAGUGAGACCUUGUUUCUACUAAUAAUUAAAAAAUUAGCCAGGUGUGGUGGCGCACACCUGUAGACCCAGGUACUCAGGAGGCUGAGGUAGUAGGAUUGUUUGAGACUGGGAGGUUGAGGCUGAACUGAGCCAGGAUCUUGCCACCACAUUCCAGCUUGGGCAACAGAGUGAGACCCUGUCUCAAAAAAAAAGAGUUUCAGAUUUUGGAGCAUUUCAGAUCUUCAGAUUAGGGAUUUUCAACCUGUACUUACCUUUUAGUCAUUGACAAGCAUUAAUCAAUAGGUGGACUCCAGCUAACUCAUUUGUUGUAUACACAUUUUGCCUCUCUACUCAACGAAUUCUUGUGCCCUCUUGUGGUGAUUUUAAUGUGUGGAAGGGAAACAAUAGAAAUUUUGCAAUUCUAGAAAAGUCAUUCUGUCAAAAAUAUGUCAGUCCUGUAGAAAUUAGCCAAUUUUAGGAAAAUGACAAAAUUUUUUACUUUUUGUCUGCCUUUGUAGCUAUUUUUAUGAUAUAAAUACCAUAUUUGUAAUAAGAUUAAUCUUAAUUUGAAUAACAAUCUGGAAUUAUCAGAGAAGGGGCAGGCAAUAAGUUAAUAAACAGUAUUGAUUGGUAGAAGGAACAUUGAAAUCCAAGAGCAUCAAUGUCAUCUGGUGGUUCACCAUAAGCCAUGGAAGACGUCUUAAUCUUUCUGAGAUCUGGUUUUUCAGCAAAGUAGAAUUUAAAAAAUAUAACUAUCUUAUGUGGUUAUGAAGAACAAUAAAAUCAUUGCUGUAUAAGUGCUUUUUAACCUGUAAAUUGUUUUGUGAAGCUUAUCUUUUAUGCAUAUAAAUAUUUGAACAUUUUAAAUUGUUUAUAUUUUUAAUCAAUUUUACUCGUGUGAUUAUAUACAAGAAAAUGUAACCACUGUAAGGGUAGAGUUAUAAGAAUUUUGUCAAAUAUAUUCACCCAUGUAAUCACCUCCUUAUGAAGAGACAGAACACAUACAUCCUCCCAGAAAGUUCCACAGUGCUCCUUUUCCCUCAGUUUCACCAGUCCUGGCAACCAAUGAUCUGCUCUGUAUAAUUAUAACUGUUCUAGAUAUUUGUAGCAAUAUACCCUUUCUAUAUUUAUUUUUUAUGUGUAAGGCUUCUUUUACUCAUUAUGAUAUUUUUGAGAUUCAUCUAUGUUUAACGUUCUAUCAGUAGUUGUACAUCUUACUUGUCUCAGCAUAUCACCAUAUAGAUAGACUAUAAUUUGUUAAUCUAAUCACUGAUGGAUAUGUAGGAUAUUUAAGUUUUUGACAUUAUGAAUAAAGUGGCUGUAAAUGAAUAAAGCGACUAUAAAUUUGAA